UCCGAUGAACUGUUGAGCGAAUAUGACCAAAGAACUGUUAGAUUAGAACAAAUUUGACACUUAGUAGAUUGAAGAGAGGAAGAAUUGCAGGGAGUACGCGAAGGAACAAGGAAACUAGUAGAGUCCAGUGCUCGUCUGUCUCUCCUUCGAGAAAUAUUGAGGGGUUAUGGUUUUAUCGUGUUUUCUUAUUUUAUCAUGAAGUCUUUUUCUACUGUAAGUAAGUCUUUAAUGUCAAGGACUAGACCAUAUGCUUCUGUCAAUGCUAGCUGGUAUGGGGCGACAGUCUGCAGAAACCAAUCAAGGUCUUAAAAUGACUGAUAUAUAGUGCGUGCGUGCUUUUUUUUUAUUGUUUUUAAUUUUUUUCUAGAUCAGCGCUGGCUUGACGUAUCAAAACUUUGUUUUCGUUUUUAGCUGUUCAAAGAUGUUCAAGUCCAGAUAUGCUUUUGAAAUGCAAAACCUAAUGGUUUCUAAGGUCAUCCUAAGCUUUCUUUAGUGGCAUCAAAGCAGUUAGCUUGUGAAUGAACCCGCAUGGUGGUAGUUUAUGUGAACUAAUUACAUAAUUUAAAAUUCUAUAAUGAAUUUAAAUGGUACUCAACUCAUAAACGCGUUUCCUUAUAAUGUAUUUGGCAGCUGACACCACACUUGCCAGUUAUAUGUUAUCUGGAUUACUAUGAUCUAUAACGAUGUCUUGUCAAUUACUUGUCACUAUAUUUGAUAGCCCUGGGAAAUUGCUUAACUUUUUUGGGCUUGAUGCUAGGUCAACGGCUGAAAUGCUGACUAGCUACGGUUGUUUUUUUCUUCAUGUCAAAUCAUUUGCCUUUUCUUUGAUUGAAUUUCAGUGAUUAUCAAGGAUCUGCUCACUCAUGAACAAGUUGCAGAAGUUGGAAUUUUCAUAUAAUGUAAGUAGCUUCUAAAAUGAAGUCACAAGACAAUGGGAUGUCAAGAGUUCAGAAAACAAAUUAUUCUCAAAGGGAGGGGACUAAUUGGCUCCUCAUUGGUGUCGGUGCUUUGUUGAGUACUUUGUCAAUUCGCCUUGGAUUCAAGUGGAAGCAGUCCCUCAACUCAAAGCGGGCUGAGAAUGCUCCAAAAUUUCAAAAAGGACAUGCAAAUUCUUUCAACCCAAGAAAUCCAGCAGAUUGCUGCUGUCAAUCUAAUGGAUAUUUUCCUAAACAGGAUAGCCAUGGCUGUUUCAGUUGCAUUUCAGGAAAUGGACGUCCAAUGGAUGUCAAGGGCCCAAUAAAGGGCCAGAUGUUGAGUGAAUCUGAUGGGAUACUCCCUUUGGUGACCGUUUCUAAUGCUGAAUUUAGCAAGGAUAAUGAUGUCAUCUGGUCAUCCUCUCCUGAUGGUCUUGAGUUGCCUUCACGUCCAUUCCACCAUUCAAACUGCUCAGACUCACCGUGUGUGUCAGAAUCGGGUUCUGACAUCUAUAGUAAGCGAGAAGUCAUUCAGAAACUGCGGCAACAAUUGAAGAGGAGAGACGAAAUGAUUCUAGAGAUGCAAGAUCAGUUGGCUGAAUUGCAAAAUUCACUUGAUGAUCAGCAGCAACUUUCUUCUCAUUUGCAAUCAAAGCUUGAUGCUGUAGAUAGGGAAUUGCUUAACUCGGAGAGAGAGAUCCAAAGGCUGAGAAAAGCUAUUGCAGAUCACUGUGUCGGACAUAUUUCCUUGAAUGGAAAUGGCUAUACCAAAGAACAUUCGAAUGGGGAGAGCCCUGAGAAGGUAAGGGAUGUUGAUGAUGAGGAAAGAAUUGAGAUGCUAAAAAGGCAGGUGGAAGAGUUGAAAGAGGUAAUACAAGGAAAAGAGUACUUGGUUCAGAGUUACAAGGAGCAGAAGAAAGAACUCUCAUUGAAGAUCAGGGAAUUGCAGCAGAGAUUGGAUUCCCAGCUGCCACAUAUAUUGUAGGGAACUUUCAGUGAAUUCUUUGAUUUUCAUAUUUUACGCUCUUUAAGGUUGCAAAUUGUAGGGGAGGCUCCUCUUUCUCACCAUUUAGUUUCUCAAUGUGAAUACUAAUUAGCUUAGGCUUUUGAUUGUUUGGUGGUAUAUUGCUUUUUACUGGUCCUCCUUUUAUUGGACUUCUCCCAUGGUGCAUGUGGUACACAAAGUGGUUUCCCUCCUUUCCUCUUCAA